UCCGUAUGCAGGUACUUCAGAGAUGGUCCACCCGUGGCUUUGUUUGAAGAACAAUAUCUGGACAGUUUAUCUGCAGUUUCCUCAGCGCCCUGUCGCUCAGUUUCUCCGGCUGCAAUAGAGCACUUAGACGUUUUUACACAAAGAUUUGUCUGACACGGGUCCAAAAUUCAGCAAAUAUGGACGGACUGUGAAAGUGUCAAGGAAAACUUUGCAAAGGCGACACCGUAAUAACUCAACUAACGGAUAAAACUGAAAGGUUUAAAGACAUAGCGAGAGAAAAACAUUUAUUAUUGUGACUGAGUCCCUUGAGGGAGACGCGUAAUCAGGCGUGAACUCCUUCACUUCCCCAUUCUGCCCACUCGCUUCAGUCCUUCCGCAAAGCAGGUGGUUCAAACAGCGCUUUGUGUACAGGCUUUUAACUUGUGUGCGUUUGUGCAUUUACACUUGCCCAUUUAAGUGAUAUCAUGUCCAACAGUCAUUAAGUCAGGUAGGCUAAUAGGCUUAAAUUUGCUAGGCUCGAGGUUAGAGGACAUCAUGAAGUUUAACGGGUAUCUGAAGUUGCGCAUCGGCGAAGCGGUGGACCUGAAGCCCACGACCACCUCUAUGCGACACGCCGUGAUGUUCAACAAGGCGAACCAGACCAUGGACCCGUACAUCGUAGUGAAGGUGGACGAGUAUAAGAUCGGACAGACGCACACCAAGCAGAAAACCAACAUGCCCACUUAUAACGAGGAGUUCUCCGUUAACGUCAAUAACGGCAAGCAAGUAGAGCUGGCCAUUUUUCACGACGCACCGAUUGGGUACGAUGACUUCGUGGCCAACUGCACCAUCCAGUUUGGUGAUCUGAUGAAGAGCACGAACAGAGAGGAGUCAUUUGAAGGAUGGGUUGACCUUGAACCUGAGGGUAAGGUCUACAUCCUGGUUAGUCUCACAGGCUCAUUUAUAGACGAUGAUGCUGGAGGAAACACGCGUCCCUAUAAAGAAUUUAACCGAAAACGGCAGCAGGCAGUUAGAAGAAAAAUCCACCAAGUAAAUGGACACAAGUUCAUGUCUACCUUCCUAAAGCAACCAACGUUCUGCUUCCACUGCAAAGAAUUCAUAUGGGGUGUUUUUGGAAAACAGGGCUACCAAUGUCAAGUGUGCACCUGUGUGGUACACAAGCGAUGCCAUCAGUUUGUGGUUACGGUCUGUCCACGCAUGAAGAAACCUGCCAAGGAACAGACAACAAAUCAGGGUUUCAGUAUAAAUGUUCCCCAUAAGUUUAACAUCCACAAUUAUAAGGUUCCUGCCUUCUGUGACCACUGUGGCUCUUUGCUGUGGGGCAUUGUACGGCAAGGAUUGCACUGCAAAAUUUGUAAAAUGAAUGUCCAUAUCCGCUGUAAGGGAAAUGUUGCCCCAAACUGUGGAGUCAACAAUGUAGAACUGGCCAAUAAACUGGCAGAAAUGGGCCUUCAGCCGGGAGGACUGACCAAACGCAACUCAAUGGGUCUCUCAGGUAUGGACGCUCAGUCCCGUACAUUGAGUGUGAGAGGAGAUCGAGGGCAAUCUAAAAAAGAGGCAAGUCGGAAGCUGGGAAUCUCAAACUUCACACUCCUGCAGGUGUUGGGAAAAGGCAGCUUCGGCAAGGUGAUGCUGGUCCGGUUGAACGGUUCAGAUCAGGUGUUUGCAGUGAAGGUGCUGAAGAAAGACAUCAUACUGCAGGAUGAUGAUGUUGAGUGCACUAUGACAGAAAAACGAGUGUUAUCCUUCGCUUCCACUCAUCCUUACCUCACUCAGGUGUACUGUUGCUUCCAGACACUGUAUAGGGAUCUGAAGUUGGAUAAUGUUCUGCUGGAUAAGGAUGGUCAUUGUAAACUGGCUGAUUUCGGCAUGUGUAAGGAGGGAAUGUUUGAAGGUGUUGUCACAGGAACGUUCUGUGGAACCCCAGACUACAUUGCUCCAGAGAUCCUUCAGGAGAUGCUGUACGGCUCGUCAGUUGAUUGGUGGGCUCUCGGUGUGCUGCUGUAUGAAAUGCUUUCUGGCCAUGCCCCCUUUGAGGCAGAGAAUGAGGAUGACCUUUUUGAGUCCAUCCUGACUGAAGAGAUCAUCUACGCGUCCUGUCUCAGCACAAAUGCUGUGGACAUACUUAAAGGGUUUCUGACAAAGAAUCCAUCCCGUCGUCUGGGUUGUGUUGCUGCCGAGGGUGGAGAGACCGCUGUAACCAGUCACCCAUUUUUUGCUAGCAUUGACUGGAACAAACUUAACCAGCGAGAGCUUGAACCACCUUUCAAGCCCAGAAUUAAAACUGCAGAAGAUGUGAAUAACUUCGAUCCAGACUUCACCCAAGAAGAUCCUACUCUUACGCCCAUCGAUGAGGCCAUCAUCCCAUCCAUCAGUCAGGACGAGUUCCGUGACUUCUCCUUUACUUCCCCUGAACUGUUGAAAGUGGUUUCAGAUUUGCAAAGCAGAGCCGAAGAAAUGUGUGAUUUCAUGAAGGAACAGAACUCAGGAGAAUUCUGUGAUUUGAUAGAACCAAAUAAAUUGUGACAAUAGAAACUUUCAGGAGCAGUCUAAAGAAACAUUUGAAUACCAUUGUAUUGAAACUGGUUAAAGACUGUGCAUUUCAGUGGCCUAGAUUUGCCUAAGCUAUAAGAUUCUUUUGGCCUACGCUUAUGCUUUUGAACAACAGUGUAAUUGUCUUUGUGUCAGACACAUCGUGAGUGAUUUGCAAAGAUCUCCAUGAGACACUCCAUCCUGGAAGACAGCAGUUUACACAAAUUUGAUCAACAGGUGAACUUGUCUGUUCAGUUGCUACUGUAGCUGUUUUGACUGUUUAUAUCCAGAUGCUUAGGAAACUUGAUUUGAUCCCUCUGCACUUGCUCUGAAAAUGCAUUUUAAAUGGAAACUCUAGUUUUGUAAGAUAUUUUCAUUUAUUUGAACAUCUGUGCCGUUUGUUGUUUUGUUUGUUUGUUAUUACAUUUCAGGUCAGAAUUUCACCCAUGAUUAAACUGGCAUCUUUAGAUGCGUUUUAUUGUUGAGAAAGGCUGCAGUAUUGAGUUCUCUGCAUUUAGACUUUUUCUCUCUGUGACUUCAUCAAAAGACAUCUCCCCUCUGUUGUUCUGAAGGGUUAAAGGUUAACACAGUCCGGUGAGAUGUUGACCAGUUUCAAUUCUUUAUAUUGAGGGCAGUGACUCUUGCUCCUCAUCCUCAUC